UGAAGCGCUUCUGGUUAAAAUGAUUCAGCAAGAAACCACGCCCCACCAAAGCUAUCCCACCCUGCCCUGGUCCUGGCGUGACUUGCCGAGCGCUUCUACCCAGCCUGGGCCCCACUACAUGCCACCCUUCGUUCACCCAGCAUGUGGCUGGCCAUUCUGCUUGCCCUCUGCUGCCUAACUUCUGACACCCAUGGGGCACACCCCGCAGAUUUUUGUUCCAAAGAUUUGAACUCCAGUGUGAAGCCAGGAUUCCCCGAAACAAUACAGACCAAUAACCCAGGAGUGCUUAAGGCCGCCAGGCACAGUGUGGAGAAGUUCAACAACUGCACAAAUGACAUCUUUUUGUUCAAGGAGUCCCGUGUCAGCAAGGCCCUGGUACAGGUGGUGAAAGGCCUGAAAUAUAUGCUGGAGGUGGAAAUCGGCCGGACUACAUGCAGGAAGACCAUGCACCGCCAGCUGGACAACUGUGACUUCCAAACCAGUCCUGCCUUGAAGCGGACUCUACACUGCUACUCUGAAGUCUGGGUCAUCCCCUGGCUCCACAGUUUCGAGGUGCUUGUUCUCUCCUGCCAAUGACUUCUGCCUCUUCAGCAAGACUACAGCUGGGAUAAAUAGACACUCAUAUGCCCCCCACUCCUUACUUUCCACCCCAGCCUGGUCCUCUCAGAUCGCCCUGCUUACCAGUGAGCAGACUGACAUGCCAGUGUGUCACAAGGGGGCUGGGAUGGGAGAAUAGUGCCCUCCUCACCAGAUUAACCAUCUUCACACUUUCUUCUAACAUUAUUUCUUCUGGUACUACACUAGAUUCAGGAUGUGGGCAUACAGAGACUCCUUUGAUGACUUACUGAAGCCCGGGUAGAGCAAAGCAGAUAGUCAACAAGGUGGUAGUGCGGGCCUGAUUGCAUGAGCAGAUUCUGUAUCCAUCUUUUCUACUGCCGUCAGACUAUUAUUAGUGGGGAUGGUUUAUCAUAAAUAAAAAGCUGAUCAUCUAAAAGCAA